CCCCGUCAAAGAGGAGCAGUCGGUUGUCAACACAAGCUGUGGUCUGUCUAUAAAAGCACUGAGGAAGACGCCGAUGUACGUGUGUGGGACGUAUCUGGUGAUGCUGACGCCCGCUCCAGGUGUAGCUGGGAGCUCGGCCACCCGCUCACUGUUCGGCGGCUCCAGUGGCCUUUCUUCCCUCAAGAUCUUGGCAUCUAGUUUGGUGUUUAACCUGGCUGACGGUCAGUUUAGCAGUCGUGCUGAUCUGGUAGAUGCUCCUGGAAGUUCUCUGGGUCGCGGGGCUCAGGUUGCAGGACUGGGGGCCUGUUAUGAUGCACUUAACAAUUUAAUCUGGACGUGCUCCAGCGACUACAUGGACCAGUGGUGUAAUCCUGGGAAUCAGGCCUUCCAUCAUGUGUGCCAGCGGCUGGGCGUCAGUCACGUCAUCAGUCAGCCUAAAGAAGAGAUGAUAGGCACAUCCAAAGUGAUAAACCAGCUGCUCCAUCAUGUUGGCGCCAUGUGCAUCCAUCAGCUCAACCUGCUGGCAGCCAGCAGUAAUCUGCACCUGGGACCCUUCAUAGGAAAGCAGCCCAUGGAGGCCUGCCACUUCAGCUCCAUAUGUGACGUCAUGGAGAAGGCCAUGGUUAACGGAGACACCUGCAUCAUCCGCUGCAUUCUGGUCGUCUUUCAGGUUGUGUUCCAGUUUUUUAAUCUAAAUGCAGAGCAGAACCGAGACUGUGUGAAGCGCUCUGGACUAUUGCUGUGGCAGUUACUCAUGGCUCCUCACGAUCAGAUAGAGCCGGAAAUACAAAGAGAAGUGUGUCUCGCCAUCAGCUCAGGUUUAAACACCUUGUACCAGAGCGAAUCGGAGUUGAGCAACCUGCUCAAAUUUGUUUUCACAGAGGGGGAGAAGAACAGUGGUUUGUCUCAAUUGCGUGAUGUUAUAUUAAACAAUCUUGCCAACCAGUUACAGAAGAACCGCUUUGGUAGUGAGGAUGAUGACCACUACAGGCUGAAAGAUGAACUGUUGCAGUGUAUCUUGAAGACCGUAGUGCGUGAGUCAUGUCUGCUCAUCACCAAAUGUCAAACCGUUUCCAAGGAAGACCUUCAGAAGCUUCUCUCCACUGUACCUGCAGCGUCACCAAGCUUGCGUUAUUUAAUGGCUGUGCAGAACCAUUUGCUCAGCAACACCAUCCUGCUCCACCCGGAUGACAUUGAUGAUAGUGACAGCUCCCUACAAGGGGAAACAAUGAAGGAGCUGCAGACCAGCAUCCUAUCACUUGCCUCUAAGAUCCUGGUUGGAUGUGACGAGGUUCUGGAGACGCUUCAGCAAGUCACCAGCUCCCUCAUCAACAGCAGCAUCAGCGAUCGAGAGGCCAGACUGAGAGGACUUGAACAGGUGACGAAGGCCACGAUGUUGGGUCACUUGUUGCCGGUCCUGUUGACGUCGCUGAUGCACCCAAACCUACAAACCCUCACGCUCGCUGACGCUCUCAUGCCACAGCUGGUCCAGCUGGUCCUCUAUACUAGUCAGGUGUGUGAUUUAUAA